GCCAACAUUAAAGCCAGAAAACAGAAUGACUACACAUAAUAAAGGCAUUGUAAUCCUUUCUGGAGGUAGCGCAGCAAACAAUCUUGUGGAUGUCUUCAAUGCGGUGCGCGAGAGCAAGGACUGUUUAUUGAGCUAUAUCAUCCCUAUCAGUGACAACGGAGGCUCAUCAUCUGAAUUGAUCCGAAUUUUCGGGGGGCCUGGAAUUGGCGAUGUGCGAAGUCGACUCGUCCGAUUAAUCCCAGAGUCACCCCCGGAUUCAGAACGGGCAGCCGUCCGGACUCUAUUCAACCAUAGACUUUCAGCAGAUGCAGUGGAAGCCCAGAGGGGCUGGUAUUCAAUAGUAGAGGGCACCUCCGAUUUAUGGAGGCGCAUCACACCUGCAAAGAAAGAGCUCAUCCGCUCCUUUUUCAACAUGCUAAAUCUCGAGAUCCUGAAACGUGCUCGGCCACCAGCGUCGACUUUCGACUUCACCUCAGCCAGCGUGGGCAACUUAUUCCUAACCGGUGCUCGUCUAUUUAGUGGCAGCUUUGAAAGUGCCAUUUACCUUCUGGGUAAUAUUUGCAGUGUACCAGAGACUGUUCGCGUGAUCCCCGCCAUUAACUCGAACUUCUCCCAUCACAUCUCAGCAUCCCUCGCCAAUGGGACUAUGAUUGUGGGACAAAACAGCAUCUCCCACCCUAGCGAGGCGACGGCUCUGCAGCCGAAACCUGGCUCCCGCCGUCCCAGUCUCCUUCUAGCUGACGGCGAUGGCGAUGAUAGUCUCGAAGCCACGGAACCCUCAGACGCGGCUGAUGCAGUCUCGUACGAAGAUGACCAGCUCCCUGGCUCCCUGCCCACUUUACGAAACAAAAACAUCCAAUUUAGCAAGUCAGAUAACGAGGACCUUCCGGCACGCAUCACCCGCAUCUGGUACAUCAAUCCUUACGGUCAGGAGAUCCGGCCUCCUGCUAACCCGCGCGUGCUGGAAGCCCUUCGCGACGCGCAAGCUAUCGUCUAUAGCAUCGGAUCUCUUUACACAUCCAUAAUCCCAUCCAUGAUCCUCCGUGGCGCGGGGCAGAAUAUCGUCGCCAGUUCGGCACGGCAUAAGAUCCUCAUUAUCAACGGCAGCCUUGAUCGCGAGACUGGACCGCCUGCGGAACCAUUUACUGCAGUUGACUUUGUUGAAGCCAUUACCCGCGCUGGCGAGGAGAGUCGCGGACGUGGGCCACUCGAGCUCCCUGUACCCCCAGCAACCUCGACGAAUAGAUUGCCCUACAGCUCCUACGUCACACACAUCCUCCACCUUGAAGGCCCAGGAACACCACACGUAGACCGGGAGCGUCUUGCCAAAAUGGGCAUCGAGACUCUUCGUCUCUAUGGACGCAAGGUCGUUGUAAAGGAUGAUAAAACAGGCGAGGAGGUGACGCUUGGGAUGAAGUAUGAUCCAAAGGCGCUGGUGCAGGCUUUGGAAGUUGUGCUGGGGAAGAGAGGGGAUGGGAUACUUCGUGGGGCGGCGGGAAGUUGUUUGGGGAGGAGGAAUACGCUGGAUCCAGGGAGAAAGAGAGGAGAGGAGAAGCAUGAGGGCUAGUUGAACAGCAUUACAUGAUUCCUCAUCUUAUAUCAAUAAUAAUACAAUUUCACACAAGAUUUC